AUGUGCUUUAAACGGUCCACAAUAGUCUGCUUCAGAAACGUCUAUUCCAACAAAGUCUGCUUCAGAAACGUCUAUUCCAACAACGUCUACUUCAGAAACGUCUAUUCCAAAAACGUCUGCCUCUGCAACUUCUACUUCAGCAACGUCUAUUUCAACGUCUUCUUCAGCAACAUUCCAACAACGUCUGCUUCAGCAACGUCUAUUCCAACAACGUCUGCUUCAGCAACGUCUAUUCCAACAAAGUCUGCUUCAGCAACGUCUAUUCCAACAACGUCUUCUUCAGCAACGUCUAUUCCAACAAUGUCUGCUUCAGCAACGUCUAUUCCAACAAAGUCUGCUUCAGCAACGUCUAUUCCAACAACGUCUGCUUCAGCAACGUCUAUUCCAACAACGUCUGCUUCAGCAAUGUCUAUUCCAACACCGUCUGCUUCAGCAACGUCUAUUUCAACAACGUCUGCUUCAGCAACGUCUAUUCCAACAACGUCUGCUUCAACAGCGUCUAUUCCAACAACGUCUGCUUCUGCAAUGUCUGCUUCAGAAACGUCUAUUCAAACAACGUCUGCUUCUGCAACGUCCACUUCAGAAACGUCUAUUCCAACAAUGUCUGCUUCAGAAACGUCUAUUCCAACAACCAACGUCUAUUCCAACAUCGUCUACUUCAACAGCGUCUAUUCUAACAACGUCUGCUUCAACAGCGUAUAUUCCAACAACGUCUGUUUCAGCAACGUCUAUUCCAACAACGUCCACGUCAGCAACGUCUGCUUCAGCAACGUCUAUUCCAACAAUGUCCACUUCAGCAACGUCUGCUUCUGCAACGUCUAUUCCAACAAAUCUGCUUCAGAAACUUCUUUUUCAACAACGUCCACUUCAGUGAUGUCUAUUCCAACAACGUCUGCUUCAGCAACGUCUAUUCCAACAACUUCUGCUUCAGCAAAGUCUAUUCCAACAACGUCUGCUUCAGCAACGUAUAUUCCAACAAAGUCUGCUUCAGCAACCAACGUCUAUUCCAACAAAGUCUGCUUCAGAAACUUCUUUUUCAACAACGUCCACUUCAGUGAUGUCUAUUCCAACAACGUCUGCUUCAGCAACGUCUAUUCCAACAACUUCUGCUUCAGCAAAGUCUAUUCCAACAACGUCUGCUUCAGCAACGUCUAUUCCAAAAACGUCUGCUUCAGAAACGUCUUUUUCAACAACGUCUGCUUCAGCAACGACUAUUCCAACAAAUUUGCUUCAGAAGCGUCUAUUCUAACAACGUCUGCUUCUGCAAUGUCUGCUUCAGAAAUGUCUAUUCAAACAACGUCUGUUUCUGUAAUGUCUGCUUCAGAAACGUCUAUUCCAACAACUAACGUCUAUUCCAACAUCGUCUGCUUCAGCAACAUCUUUUCCAACAUCUUCAGCAACAUCUAUUCUAACAACGUCUGCUUCAGCAACAUCUUUUCCAACAACAUCUUCUUCAGCAACAUCUAUUCCAACAACGUCUGCUUCAGCAACAUCUUUUCCAACAACAUCUUCUUCACAACGUCUAUUCCAACAAAGUCUGCUUCAGAAAUGUCUUUUUCAACAACGUCCACUUCAGCAACGUCUAUUCCAACAACGUCUAUUUCAACAACGUCUGCUUCAGAAACGUCUUUUUCAACAACGUCUGCUUCAGCAACGUCUAUUCCAACAACGUCUGCUUCAGCAACGUCUAUUCCAACAAAGUCUGCUUCAGAAACGUCUUCUUCAACAACGUCCACUUCAGCAACGUCUAUUCCAACAACGUCCACUUCAGCAACGUCUAUUCCAACCACGCCUGCUUCAACAACGUCUAUUCCAACAACGUCUGUUUCAGAAACGUCUUUUUCAACAACGUCCACUUCAGCAACGUCUAUUCCAACAAAGUCUGCUUCAGCAACGUCUAUUCCAACAGAGUCUUCUUCAGCAACGUCUAUUCCAACAACGUCUGCUUCAGCAACGUCUAUUCCAACAACGUCUGCUUCAGCAACGUCUAUUCCAACAACGUCUGCUUCAGCAACGUCUUCUUCAUCAACGUUUAUUCUAACAACGUCUGCUUCAGCAACGUCUAUUCUAACAAUGUCUGAUUCAUCAACGUCUAUUCCAACAGCGUCUUCUUCAGCAACGUCUAUUCCAACAACGACUGCUUCAGCAACGUCUAUUCCAACAACGUCUGCUUCAGCAACGUCUAUUCCAACAACUUCUGCUUCAGCAACGUCUAUUCCAACAACUUCUGCUUCAGCAACGUCUAUUCCAACAACGUCCACCCAACCAACGUCUAUUCCAACACCGUCUGCUUCAGUAACGUCUAUUCCAACAACGUCUACUUCAGCAACAUCUAUUCCAACAACGUCUACUUCAGUAACGUCUAUUCCAACAAACUGUUUCAGUAACGCCUAUGCCAACGUCUGCUUCAGAAACGUCUUUUCUAAAAACUUCUACUUCAGCAACAUCUAUUUCAACCUCUGCUUCACAACGUCUAUUCCAACAACGUCUGUUUCAGCAACGUCUACUCGAACGUCUGCUUCAGCAACGUCUAUUCCAACAACGUCUGGUUCAGAAACGUCUAUUCCAACAACGUCUACUUCAGCAACGUUUAUUCCAAGAACGUCUGCUUCAGCAGCAUCUUUUCCAACGUCUUCUUCAGCAACGUCUAUUCCAACAACGUCUGCCUCAGAAACGUCUAUUCCAACAAUGUCUUCUUCGGCAACAUCUGCUCCAACAACUUCAACAACUACUUCAACAACGUCUAUUCCAAAGACAUUUACUUCAGAAACGUCUAUUCCAACAACGUCUGCUUCGGCAACAUCUGUUCCAACAACUUCAGCAACGUCUAUUCCAACAACGUCUGCUUCAACAACGUCCAUUCCAACAAUGUCUGCUUCGGCAACAUCUGCUCCAACAACUUCAACAACGUCUAUUCCAAAGACAUUUACUUCAGAAACGUCUAUUCCAACAACGUCUGCUUCGGCAACAUCUGUUCCAACAACUUCAACAACUGCUUCAACAACGUCUAUUCCAAAGACAUUUACUUCAGCAACGUCUAUUCCAACAACGUCUGCUUCAGCAAUGUCUAUUCCUGCAACAUCUGGUUCAGCCAGAACAACGUCUGAUUCAGUGAUGACAUCUUAUUCAGUAAUAACAAAGUCUGUUCCCCUGACAUCUGUGGCUUCAACAAUAGCAUCUAAUUCCACGGAAUCCUCUUCCCCUAUGAAUAAUUUUAUAUCUACAACAAAAUUUAGUCCCACAACAAUGCCUCAUCCUAUUGAUGGAACAGCAUCUGCUCCCACAACAACUUCUAUCUCCACAACAAAUUAUGUUCCCACAAAAAUAUCUAUUCUCACAUCUGCUUCAAUAACAGCAUCUGUUCCCACAACAACCGCUGCUCCCAGACCAACUGUUCUUGCAACUAUACAUGACUCAGCAACGAUCGUUUCCACAGCUUCUGUUCCUACAACGUCUGCUCCCACAACAUCUGUUCCUACAACAGUGUCUGCUCCAACGUCUAUUCCUACAGCAUCUGAUCUCACAUCUAUUCUUAUAACAACGCCUGCUCCUACAACAUCUGUUCUUUCAACGUCUGCUCCCACAUCUGUUCCUACAACAACGCCUGUUCUCACAACAGACUACAUUCUUAUUCCAUCUGCUUCAGGAUCAUCUGUUCCCAUAGCAGCAUCUCUUCCUACAAAAAUGUCCGUUUCGACGACGAAGUUUAUUCCCAGAACAACUUUUGCUUCAUCAAAGUCAAUUCCUACAGCUGAGUCUGCUUCAGCAACAACGUCCGUUCCCACAACAAUGUCUGCCUCAACAGCAAAGUUUGUUCCUUCCCCCAAAAGAACAUCAGUUCACACAACCGCAUCACCUUCAGCAACAAGGCUUGUUCCCACAACAUUUGCAUCGGCCUCUGUGCCAUCAGCGAUGUUUAUUCCCACAACAUCUGUCCCUUUAAAAACGUCUGCUUCCACAAUUUUUACUCCCACAACAUAUGUGCCAUCAACGUCUGCUCAAGUAACUUCAAUUCCCACAACGUCUACUCACACAUAUUUUCCCUCAACAACAUCUGUGUCCUCGACAGAAUCUAUUUCCUCAGGAUCAUCUGUUUCCAUAGCAACACCCACAAAAUCUGCUCCAAUUACAACACCUGUUCCUGCAACAACAACGUUUAUUUCAACAAAAUCUGCCUCAGAAACAACGACAGCCUCAGCAAUAAUGAACACUCCAGUGUCUUCUGUGAGAUCUUCCCCUGCCGAAAUUUCUUCAGCAUCAACGCUUCACCUCAAAACAUCACCUGUCUUCACUACUCCUGAAUUCUCCACAGAGACUAAUUCAAAUACGAAGCCUGAUAUUGCUAACACUGACUAUUUUUCAACAGCUGGCGAGUCUCCCGGUGAUCUCCCUACCAAAGUCACAGCACCUGCUUCUACAUCACCGGCUACGGCUAUGUCUACACUAACACCUAUUACCACAACAACAUCUGCUAUAACUUUAACGCCUCUUCCCACAACAUUUAAUGCCGUAACAACGUCUGCUCCAACGACAGUACCUGCCUCCACAACUAUUGCUGCUGCAAAAACACCUGCUCCCACAGCAGCGCCUGUUCCCACAACAAUUGGUUCCACGACGUCUGCGACAAUAGCAAGAAUUACUCCCUCAACAGCUUUUGCUACUGCAACGGCAUCCUCCAUAACAACACCUGCUCCCACAUCAACUGAUGUUUCAAGAACAAAGCAUGCCUUCACAAUAACACCUGCUCCCACGGCAUUAACUAUUUUCACAACAAACACUCCCAAAAUACCUGCUCCCAUAACUUCAGAUGUUAUAACAUCUCUUGUGGCCACAACAACUCCUGUUCCCACAACUCCCGUUACAACAACACUUGCUCCCACAACUCUCGCUCCAACAACAUCUGCUCCUGCAACACCUACUCCCACAACAACUGUUCCCACAACAACAUCUGCUCCUACAACACCUGCUCCCACAACAACUGUUCCCACAACAACAUCUGCUCCUACAACACCUGCUCCCACAACAACUGUUCCCACAACAACAUCUGCUCCUACAACACCUGCUCCCACAACAACUGUUUCCACAACAACAUCUGCUCCUACAAAACCUGCUCCCACAACUCCUGUUCCCACAACAUCUGCUCCUACAACACCUGCUCCCCAAACAACUGUUCCCACAACAACAUCUGCUCCUACAACACUUGCUCCCACAGCAACAUCUGCUUCUACAACACCUGCUCCCACAACAUCUGUUCCUACAACACCUGCUCCCACAACAACUGUUCCCACAACAUCUGCUCCUACAACACCUGCUCCCACAACAACUGUUCCCACAACAUCUGCUCCUACAACACUUGCUCCCACAACAACAUCUGCUCCUACAACACCUGCUCCCACAACAACUGUUCCCACAACAACAUCUGCUCCUACAACACCUGCUCCCACAACUGUUCCCACAACAACUCAUGUUCCCACAACAUCUGCUCCCACAACAACUCAUGUUCCCACAACAACUGUUCCUACAACAUCAUCUGCUCCCACAACUGUUCCCACAACAACAUCUGCUCCUACAACACUUGCUCCCACAAUUCCUGUUCCCACAACAACAUCUGCUCCUACAACACUUGCUCCCACAACAACUGUUCCCACAACAACAUCUGCUCCUACAACACCUGCUCCCACAACAGCUGUUCCCACAACAACAUCUGCUCCUACAACACUUGCUCCCACAACAACUGUUCCCACAACAUCUGCUCCUACAACACUUGCUCCCACAACAUCUGCUCCUACAACACCUGCUCCCACAACAACUGUUCCCACAACAACAUCUGCUCCUACAACACUUGCUCCCACAACAUCUGCUCCUACAACACCUGCUCCCACAACAACAUCUGCUCCUACAACACCUGCUCCCACAACAACUGUUCCCACAACAACAUCUGUUCUUACAACACCUGCUCCCACAACAACUCCUGUUCCCACAACAACAUCUACAACACCUGCUCCCCAAACAACUGUUCCCACAACAACAUCUGCUGCUACAACACCUGCUCCCACAACAUCUACUCCUACAACACUUGCUCCCAGAACAACAUCUGCUCCUACAACAUCUGCUCCCACAACAACUGUUCCCACAACAACAUCUGCUCCUACAACACCUGCUCCCACAACAACAUCUGCUCCUACAACGCCUGCUCCCACAACUCCUGUUCCCACAACAACAUCUGCUCCUACAACACCUGCUCCCACAACAACUGUUCCCACAACAUCUGUUCCUACAACACCUGCUCCCACAACAACUGUUCCCACAAAAACAUCUGCUCCUACAACACCUGCUCCCACAACAACUGUUCCCACAACAACAUCUUCUCCUACAACACCUGCUCCCACAACAACUGUUCCCACAACAACAUCUGCUCCUACAACGCCUACUCACACAACAUCUCCUACAACACCUGCUCCCACAACAACUGCUCCCACAACAACAUCUUCUCCUACAACACCUGCUCCCACAACAACUGUUCCCACAACAACAUCUGCUCCUACAACGCCUGCUCACACAACAUCUCCUACAACACCUGCUCCCACAACAACUGUUCCCACAACAACAUCUGCUCCUACAACACCUGCUCCCACAACAACUGUUCCCACAACAACAUCUGCUCCUACAACGCCUCUCACAACACCUGUUCCUACAACAACAUCUGCUCCCACAACAACUGUUCCCACAACAACAUCUGCUCCUACAACCACAACAACAUCUGUUCCUACAACACCUGCUCCCACAACUCCUGUUCCCACAACAACAUCUGCUCCUACAACGCCUGCACCCACAACAACUGUUCCCACAACAACAUCUGCUCCUACAACGAUUGCUCCCACAACAACAUCUGCUCCUACAACACUUGCUCCCACAACAUCUGCUCCUACAACGCCUACUCCCACAACAACAUCUGCUCCUACAACGCCUGCUCCCACAACAACAUCUGCUCCUACAACACUUGCUCCCACAACAUCUGCUCCUACAACGCCUACUCCCACAACAACAUCUGCUCCUAGAACACUUGCUCCCACAACAUCAUCUGCCUCCUACAACACCUGCUCCCACAACAACUGUUCCACAACAUCUGCUCCACAACACCUGCUCCCCAAACAACUGUUCCACAACAUCUGCUCCCACAACUGUUCCCACAACAACUUUUCCCACAACAUCUGCUCCACAACACCUGCUCCCCAAACAACUGGUGCCCACAACAACAUCUGCUCCCACAACAACUCAUGUUCCCACAACAACUUCUGCUCCCACAACAACAUCUGCUCCUACAACGCUUGCUCCCACAACAACUGUUCCCACAACAACAUCUGCUCCUACAACAACUCAUGUUCCCACAACAACAUCUGCUCCUACAACGCUUGCUCCCACAACAACUGUUCCCACAACAACAUCUGCUCCUACAACAACGUCCUGGUUCCUACAACAACAUCUGCUCCUACAACACCUGCUCCCACAACAACUCCUGUUCCCACAAAAACAUCUCCUACAACACCUGCUCCCACAACAGCAUCUGCUCCUACAACACCUGCUCCCACAACAACAUCUACUCCUACAACACUUGCUCCACAACAUCUGCUCCUACACACCUGCUCCCACACAACUGUUCCCACAAAAACAUCUGCUCCUACAACAUCUGCUCCUACAACGCUUGCUCCCACAACAACUCCUGUUCCUACAACAAUUGUUCCCACAACAACAUUGCUCCUACAACACCUCACACCUGCUCCCACAACAACAUAUGCUCCUACAACACCUGUUCCUACAACACUUGCUCCCACAACAACAUAUGCUCCUACAACACUUACUCCCACAACAAACUGUUCCCACAACAACAAUCUGCUCCUACAACAUCUGCUCCUUACAACACCUGCUCCACAACUCCUGUUCCACAACAAAAUCUGCUCCUACAAAACCUGCUCCCACAACUCCUGUUCCCACAACAUCUGCUCCACAACAACUGUUCCCAAACAACAUCUGCUCCCACAACAACAUCUUGCUCCUACAACACCUGCUCCCACAACAUCUGCUCCUACACACUUGCUCCCACAACAACUGUUCCCACAACAUCUGCUCCACAACAACUGUUCCACAACAUCUGCUCUACAACACCUGCUCCACAACAACUGUUCCACAACAUCUGCUCCUUACAACAACUGUUCCCACAACAUCUCCUACAACACUUGCUCCCACAACUAUGGUUCCCACCACAACAUCUGCUCCUGCAACACCUGCUCCCACAACAACUUUUCCCACAACAUCUCCUACAACACCUGCUCCCACAACUCCUGUUCCCACAACAAAAUCUGCUCCUACAACACAUGGUCCCACAACUGUUCCCACAACAACAUCUGCUCCUACAACGCCUGCUCCCACAACAUCCUCUCCUACAACAACUCCCACAACUCCUGUUCCCACAAUAACAUCUGCUCCUACAACGCCUGCUCUCACAACAACUGUUCCCACAACAACAUCUGCUCCUACAACACCUGUCCCAACAUCUGUUCCCUCAACUUCUGCUCCCACAACAACUGCAACGGCGGGAGGUGUCCCAGAGCCAGCCGGUCCCAGCGAAUCACAGAGCAGGAGGAAUUGCAGCAGCAGAUAGAGCAGCAAGAAUCUGUCAUAUCGGACGCCGUGACGAUACUCCAACUCUUGCUGGCUAGUAUUCAGCUGAUGGCGGAGAAGACCCAGCGUCGUGAGUCGGGGACCUGGGUGUACACAGCGACGGGCGUGGGCGGUGCUGUUGCCUCAAGUGACGGCACGAGGAUCUGUGUCGUGGGCGGCCGACAGAAGAAUGCAGGGCUGAUCCGUAUGUACGUAGCUUUGUCUGUAAACGUGGUGAAGUUUGUACAUGUGCCAUGCCUGUCUACGGGUAGUUUCGAGUUCGUACUUGCGUGCACGUGUCUUGAGGUACUAAAGCCAGGCCAGCUCUCACAAGUGAGAGUGAUAGAGCCAAAUGCUAAGCCGCGAUCAGCUGAAGGCUGA